AUGAACCUCACCCUCGACCCGACUGUUGCCCCUCUGAACCUGAACACGACCCCUAAGCCCUUCAAUGUCUUUGAUGGAUGUGAGACCAUGGUGGAAGGCGUCCUGUUCGACCUGACAGUGCAAUCCUUUAACUUUGUAAUAGGAUUACCAGCCAACAUCCUGGUCAUUGCUAUCCUGAUCCAUAACCGACACGAGCCGUCCACCUCUGACAUAUUCCUGGGAUGCCUGGCUUUAAUGGAUGGCUACUUCGGGCUCAUGGUCCCUAUAAGCUUCCUGAAUCUCUACUACUGGAAGACCAAGCAAGGAUUUUUGGCGCUGCAGUUCUCCUAUGGCGUGAAAGACACAAGUGGACCGCUCUUCUUUUCCUGUAUCUGUCUAGACAGGUUUAUCGCUGUGGUCUUCCCGAUAGCUUUUAAUCAGUUGAAGCAUAUUAAGUACAGGAUUGGCCUGGCAGUGUUUGUGCUCUGCCUCACCUUUGGUUAUGCCUCUGCCAAAACCAUCGGCGGCUUUCAUAAUUUCGAGAAGGUCUUCACGGCAGAGAUCCUGGCCACGUUCACAUGGAUGCUGAUCUGCAACAUGUCCAUCCUGUGGGCGCUGAAGCGCUCACGAGGCGCGGGCAAGGAUGAAAUGCACCCCAUGAAAAAGAAGGCCUUCAAGAUGGUGCUCUCCAUCCUGUGCAUUAUUAUUUUUAACUACCUCCCUCUGGUGGCCCUGUUCCCCUUCGAGGAUCACUACACGCACGUGGCCUUCAAGUGCUACAUCCAGCCUGUGGGUUACGCCUUCAUGAAUAUCAGCAGCAGCAUCCAGCCGCUCAUCUACCUGUCUCGUCUGGAGAAGAUUCCCUUCCUGCCUAAGUCUUUAACAGAGAAGCUCAGCUGUUGGAAAAAAACAGAGCAAUCACCAGCAUAG